UUUAAAUCUAUCUGUGGCACUUUGUUCGAGGAUUGCCGAAGAGACUUGCUUGAAGACUUUUGAAUGGAUUUGUGUACUCUGAAAUUUAAAACUUCAAAUUCGUCGCUAUCAUGCAGCGAAAGACAGAAAAAGUAAAACUGAUUACUUGUGGUAGUAACGCAAGGAUAUUGGAGAAGUGCUUUAUUACUGAGAAGGUUUAUAAUGAUGUGAAUUGUAUCGGAUUUUACAAACCUAUUUGGAUGUGAAAUAUACUGGUUACCAGUCAAUUAACAUCAAAUGCACAAGGCAGCCAAAAGAACUUACUAGGAUAAACAUGGCGUUAACGGAUUUAAGAAGUCCGGACGGAACUUUUACGCUGUUCGUUGUCUUACCAACAGAGGAAGUAUGUACCCUACGCCGCCUUCCCUCGGGAAUUUACGUUAACGAAGUGAAAGGAAAACUGGAGGUGGCCGCGGGCUUGCCCUCCUAUAUAUACCGGCUAACUUACCCGGACGGGGAGUGUCUCAGUGACAAGGAGCGGUUACUCAUCCAGGAGAACGUCAGAGAUGGCUAUCUCCUGCGUGUCCAGAUCAUGGAGUCUUGGGAGGAACUGUACCAAGCGGUGAUACAGAACAACACGGAGUACGUGUAUCACAGUGGCGGGGUUCAUAUGAAGGGGAGCGUCGUUGUUGGACAGACUGACGAGAAAAUAGAACAAAUGGUCCAAGAACGAUCAACGGCGGCCUUGUUCGUAGCCUCCUUUACUGGCCUAAUGAAAAUGUGCAAUUUACUUACAUCGAUAGGUGUAAAUGUGAAUGGACGUACACAUUUUGGAAGAACAGCGCUGCACGCUGCCGUCUGUAAAGAUCGCAUUCAUAUUGUGAACAUGCUGUUAGAUGCAGGAGCAAGUGUUCAUAUCAAAGAUGUGUACUCAAAAAGUCCCGUGGAUUUGGCAAAAUCCCUACAAUCUUUUCAAAGCGAAAAGAGGCUGCGAUUAAUGCAGCUAAAUCUACGAGGCCAAAAGGAUACAGACUCCUUCGGCAAACAAAGAGUGUUUAGCACUUCACAUUUACACGAUCCUAAUAAAUUUGAUUCUAAAAAGAACUAUAAACCUAAGGCGACAUCUGCUGGGGGUAAUUCGCGAUCAAUCAAUGCUACAACGUCAUCAUACAGGCAGGAGACACCACAUAAGUUACUGUCAGCUCGCACGGAUAAAAACAACAAUGUGAUCAAAUCAAACGUGGAAAGUUUUUGGGUGAUAUCGCAAACCAGCCCGAUCUCGAGAGAACUGGAUUCUGCUUUGGAGAAAAAAUAUCGAAACUUUCUAGAAAACAAUGACAAACUCAUUCAAAGUAAGCAAUAUCCUUCUCAUUCAAGUAAAGCCCGUAUUAUUAAGUUCAGGAAGGAUUCGUCAGAGAUUGUUGUUGCGAAAUCUUCUGUUGAAGAACAUAAAUCGGAAGUGGUCAAAUCCGUUGACAAUAUGGACAAUGAUUCAAUUAAAACGCAAUUAAAUCCCGCAGAAAAACUAAAUGGACAUACAGGUAACAAUAAAGACGACAGUCCUGCAGUUUCUCCAAAGGAGCAAGAUGAACAUAAUCGUCCUACCAGUAGGAAAAGCAGUUUGAAAUCUAAAGGCCCAUGUUCACCUAAAAAUGUUCGCUUUUCUGCCAAAGCAAGAUCUGUGAAGAACCUUAUGAAACCAGAAACAAUGGAGUCGUUUAAGGAAUUCAAAAGAAGGAUAUCUUUAGCUGCGAAUCGGUCGGACAGUGCUCAUUCCUCCUCAUCAAGAAACUCAGGGAUUUCACACGAAAGUUGGUUACGCAAAAAGCAAGCAGAAGAGCGGCGGAGAACAAAAUCAGAGUCAUCGGAUUCGAGCAAUAGCGAUGCUGAUGAAGACUCUGAUGCCUUCAAGGAAUGGGUUCAGAAGAAGAAGGAAGCUCAUUAUGGUCCUCCAAGACAGAUAACUCGUCCUAUUCAUGGUUUGAUUCAGCUAGGGUCAACUGACAUUGGAGAUGGAAGUAAUCCAGAUCCCAUCCACAAUAUGAAAUCUUACAACAGUUGGAUAAGUCGACGACAAAAGUCCAAGAAAAUCCCAAAUGUUGAAAGGUUAAGAACUUUGCAAGACUUUAUGGCACAGAAGAAAAAACUUGAAGAGAAACGUCAGCAAUUACUAAUGACGGCCAUUACGUACGAAGAAUGGAUGGAUUACCAUGAUGAAAAGAAAUAUUUAAUCCAAAAAAUACUUCGUGCUGAUUUCGAACAGCUACAGGCCAUUGAAAAGGAGGAGUUUGUAAAAAGAGCUCCUCGCCAGAUAUCACAUGAUGAUUGGGUUGAAAAGGCUAAGAAACGAAAGGAAGAGGAGCUAGUUAGACAAGAAAAGCAACGAAAGUUUUUGGAAGAAGAGGACCGGUACAAAAAAGUCAACGGGAAAAGUAGCGCCGCCAUUCCACAUUCUGAGUGGUUGCGAUUGAAAAGAACGGCUCAACCACAGCCUCGAUAUCCGGUGUCACCUAGACCGGACUCUUUGUGUGGAUCUGCGCAGACGCGAAAAGAAGCUGAAGAGGCGUACGUAAAAUGGUCGUCUGCAAGACGAGAUGAGAAUUCCAAAUCUACUUUACCCAUUGGACAGAAGCACUCCACACAUUUGAUAAGUGUGAAAUAGACAUUCUGUGAUAUUUUUGAAAUGCAAACUUCCUUUUGUAAUAUAUACAUACAGUUGCUUUAAUACUUGUAAACAUGAAUGUGUUAAACUGAAAGUGUUAAUUUUAUUCAUGAUAAAUUAAAUGCUUUUGUUUUAUCAAUAUGUGCUAUUCCAAUUCACGUAUUAUUUUUUUUUUCAAAUAAGAUUACAAUAAAAUAUUAUUUAUUUGUAUGCAUUUUAAAUGAAAUUAAACUAAAACAAAAUU